AUGAACUCCAGGUCAUACAACAAGCUGGCCGCCGUGAAUGACAAAAUGGAUUUUAACACUCAUGGAAAUAGCGUAUUCAAUGGCACCCUAGAGCGGAAUCAAUCAGCAUCCAAACCAGCUGCAUACUCGCAGAUUCCAAUGGAUUUCAACACUCGUGGAAAUAUGGCAUUCAAUGGUACCUUAGAUCGAAAUCAAUCAGGUAUCUCAGCCAAAACGGCUGCACACUCGCAGAUCCCAUCUGAUAAGAAGUCACGUCAGAAGAAGAAAGAAGAUCCAUCUGACAGAACAAACCCAAGCCACGGUACAAGUCAUCCCACACUGGGUACUGUGCUGGCAUCAACAUCCGAAACAAGUGGCAAUACUGCCACACCAACAAAAGCAACAUCCAGAAGCAUCAAUAGCAACUUCGGGAGUCCUAGAAGUAACAGCAUGGACAGCUCCAUUUCCGGCCAAGUCAAGCAUCACACUGGAGGGGACUGCAGGUGGGAUGCCGUCCAAUUGGCCACCUCCAGGGACUCCCCUCUCAGCCUAGUCCACUUCAGACUUCUGAAGCGCCUUGGAUACGGAGACAUUGGCAGUGUUUACCUUGUGGAGCUCAGGGGGACGGAUACGUUCUUCGCGAUGAAAGUGAUGGACAAGGAGUCACUCAUCAGCAGGAACAAGCUGAUCAGGGCACAAACGGAGAGGGAGAUACUUGGCCUUCUUGAUCACCCUUUUCUGCCGACACUGUACACUCAUUUUGAGACCGAGAAGUUCUACUGCCUUGUCAUGGAGUAUUGCUGCGGUGGUAAUCUCCAUUCGCUUCGGCAGAAGCAACUUAACAAGCACUUCAGUGAGCAAGCAGCCAGAUUUUAUGCCUCUGAGGUGUUGCUUGCACUCGAGUACCUCCACAUGCUUGGCAUUGUGUACCGAGACCUGAAGCCUGAAAAUGUCCUUGUCCGAGACGGUGGCCACAUCAUGCUGUCCGACUUCGACCUGUCGCUGCGGUGCUCGGUAAGCCCAAUGCUGGUCAAAUCCUCGUCGGUCCACGCAGGUCCCAACGGUGUGGUGAAGGGCCUGACCGACACCGAAGGCAUCAGCAACGCAAACGCUGGAUGCAUCCAGCCAUCAGCAUUCUUCCCCAGGAUGCUCAGCAUGAGCAAGAGGAACCGCAAGACCAAAUCAGACUUCAGCCUCCACGGGCUCCAUACCUUGGAGUUCAACGCCGAGCCAACGGACGCCAGGUCGAUGUCAUUCGUGGGCACCCAUGAGUACCUCGCGCCGGAGAUCAUCCGAGGGGAGGGACACGGCAGCGCGGUGGACUGGUGGACCUUCGGCAUCUUCCUGUACGAGCUUCUGCACGGCAUGACACCUUUCAAAGGGAACGGGAACCGCGCCACGCUCUCCAACGUGGUGGAGCAGCCGCUGCGGUUCCCUGAGAACCCACCGGUGAGCACCGUCGCGCGGGACCUCAUCCGGGGACUCCUGAUGAAGGAUCCUCAUAAGAGGAUCGCAUCCAAGAGGGGUGCCACUGAGAUCAAGCAGCAUCCCUUCUUCGAGGGGGUGAACUGGGCACUUGUCAGGAGCGCUCAUCCACCUUCGGUCCCUGACCCUGUGGACUUCAGACAGUACGGAGCCAAGGAGAAGAAGGGUGCGGAGCGUGGUUUGGCCGCUACUCCGAGCAGCUUAUCGUCAAGUGCUGCCGCAGCAGCCAAGUCGGCCACAAGGAGCGUUUCCCCGGCCAUUUUGAGUAUUUCUAGAACUGAAUCAGUUUUUGAGUACAGUAGGAAUGAACACCAUAGAACGGCUGCUAAUGAUUAA